AUGGCCGCAUCGGGAAACAACGAUAUUACUUUGGGAGACGCUCAGUCUCCGACAUCAGAAGUGGGAUCAGUGCCAACUCCUACAUUUACGGAGGCCCAGUGGCGUACUAUCGUAGAAAUGCAGAAUCGCAAUUUUGCGGAGAUGUGCAAAACUUUGCAGGCACCCGUGCAUCCUCAACGCCGCGUGGUCUUGCCUAAGUUUAACCCGGAUGACACUGGCGCAGACGCAAAACAAUGGUGUGCUACAGCAAGCAUAAUUAUGGACGAGCAGCCGCUCAAUGGCAGCGAGCUUGUUAUGAUGUUAAGCACUUGCAUGCAGGGCAGUGCUUCUGCGUGGCUUUCGCAGAUCUGCUAUCCCGGGAUCAAUUGGGGCGAGUUCAAAGAAUUGUUCACACAACGUUUCGAGGUUCAAGAGACGUCGGCGGCCAUGAUGCUGAACCUGCUGACCAGCCGUCCAGCACACAACGAGUGCCAUGCGUUAUACGCAAGCCGACUGGUGACGUCAUUAAUGACAAAAUGGCGUCAUAUGAAUCCAGAGGAGAUUGCCGUGUCGACUGUGCUUGCGCAUAUGGCUAACAUUGACGGCCGUUUGCAACGCACUGUGUUUGCUUCAAAUGUGCAGACGAGGGCCCAGCUGCAAGCGGAGCUAAAGGCGUUCGCGUUUAACAAAAAUAAUGAUGGUGGUAGCAACGACCACAAGCGAGCCGGAUAUUUUGGAUCAGACCGUGGCCCAGAAAAAAAGAAGAUAAAGAUACAGAGCGAAAUCAAGUGCCAUUAUUGUGGGAAGCUCGGGCACAAAAUGUUCGAGUGCCGUAAGAGGAAAGCCGAAACUAAUGAAGCAGGACCAAGUCGUUCAUAUGGCAAACCGAUGACGGGACGACAAGGUGUGACGUGCUUCAAGUGUGGCAUCGCUGGUCACAUUGCGUCUAAUUGUAAGAAGGGUGCAACUAUACCGAAUGGCAACAACGAGAAGCGAGUAGACGUGUGUGCAGUUUUGAAGCCUCGUGGAAUUAUGUACCAACAUGCAAAGCAUGAUGCCCAUCCUAUAUUAGAUCCAACGCACGAGGUCGAGUAAUAUGCAGGAAGACCAGGACUUAAACUAAUAGAGAUACAAGAAUUGUUAGUAUUAAGAAAUU